AACGUUAGCCUUCCUAUCAGUCAUGAUGCACCGAUCGUGGACAUCGGUGUCGCUAAAAGCGGUUAUCUUCCUCUAUGUACUUACAUGCGCAGAACUUAAAAUGACUGAGAUGGAGUUUGUGAUCAGCACCACAUGGGACAGCCUUCCUGUGGAUCAUGACCCUGUGAAGGUGACGUUUUCUCCCGGGGAUGGAGGGAUGAAGAUGCAGGUGUCUGCUCCCUUCUUCAACAACCCUCCUGGUCCAUCCGGCCCUCCAGGACAGCCCUUCCCUGGCCUCUGGAACUAUGAAGUGGUUGAGGCGUUCUUUCUGGACAGUACUACUGUGAACUAUCUAGAGGUGGAAGUGUGUCCACAUGGACAACACUUGGUGUUACUGCUCUCUGGAAGAGGUCACGCAUUCAUGCAACAACUGCCUCUGUCGUUCACGGCAACCAUCACAGGAAACAGGUGGGAGGGUGAGGCUCUUCUCCCCUGGUGCUACUUUCCCCCUAACGUGAACAAGAUGAACUCGUACGCCAUCCACGGGUCCGGGGCGGGGCGUACCUACGAGUCCCUCUACCCCGUCCCCCAGGCUGACCUAGUGGAGGGACAGAAGCCCAACUUCCACCUCUUGGAAUAUUUCCAAGACUUUCGCCUGCAAAGCAUCAUGGGAGGGGACUGGGUCCAGCCCGAGUCGGAUCUCUGGAAGGGAAAGUGAUGAGUCGGGAGAACACACACACUGGAACACACACGCGUGAUGACAGCCGGUGCGACCAAAGUCACGGAGGAGGAACGAUCGAUCUUGAUUAGUUAAUGAUGUCAGACUGGAUGAAAUAUGUUACCAGUUUGUCACAUGGUAUUAACACCUCACCUCAAACUGCCUUUUACCAACUGCCAGAGGCCUGGUUCAAAACACACAUAAAGGGGUUUCUAGUUUUUAUUUUUCUAUGAAUGAAAGGGAGAAUCAAAGUGUAUUAUAUCUGUGCUUUCUGUUUUAUAGAUUUAUGCCUUUUCUCUGAAACGAAAGACCAUUGAAUUUGAUCAUUUUCAAUGCUACCUCCAAUUCAUUGUGGGAGUAUCAUUGUUAUUCAAUUAGAUGAAGGCUCAUCAUGACGAGUUUACACUUCUGAUUCAUGGUUUCAUGCAAUGCAUUGAUCAUCACACACCAAUAUGUCUGUAAUUCAUCAUUGUGACCAAUUCUACUGUGCUGAAGCUGGAGUAAGGCUGUUUUGCUUCAAUUAUUCCCGAGCAAAUGAAAAUGGAUUGUCUGGCAUCUCAAAUGGCAUCCUAUUCCCUGUUUUAGUGCACUACUUUUCAGAAGUAGUUAACUACAUAGGGAAUAGAGUGCCAUUUGGGAUGCCAGACAUUGAGAUAAUUAGUAGUCAUUAGAUAACAGCCAUAUGUGCCCUUUUUUUGUAAUGAUGUUAAAUGAGCUCUUGGGUCGUCAUUACUUCGGGGAUCCAUAUAGGACUGUUGUCUUAUGGAAUGUUAAUGUACGUAGAUGGGCUGCAGCCUAUCAAAUAAAUACACGGAGUAAACGGUG